UAGCGCUCUUCUGUAAUAGGAGGAAGUCGUUACAGGGGAAAUAACGCCGUGAUACUCGGAUAGAAAGAGCGCAGUUUGUGUUCGUGUGGAUGUGUGAGAGUUGUGAUCUGAAGAAAUUUGCAGCUAGAGUUGAUUUUAUUCAUUCCACUCUUACUUUAGUUACCAUACGUUUUCUCAUUUAGCUAGCUUGUUAGCUAGACAGCGUGCAGGCUAGUUUUUCACCUCAAUGUAGGUGGCUAACAUUUAACGUUAGCUAAUUUACCUAGCUGGAUAGCAAGCUCUUCCUCGUUCGCUGAUAAAUCCGGAUGACUGGCUCCCGUUGAAGAAUUACACACCACAGCGAUAGCUGGCUAACUAGCUAUCAGAAACGCACAUAGCCGAAACGUUAUGGAUAGCACAGGGGAAGAGUCAAUCGGUGGUACUGGGUUGUCCAGCGGAACGAAUCAGGGCAGCGGAACAGAACAGUUGUUGCCGAGUUUAGGUAAUUCUGUGCAGGAUCACUCGAGCGGGGCUAACCCUGGAUCGCCGUCUCCAGCAGCAGCUGCAGAGACCGGCCUAGCCGUUAUGGCUCCGGGCAUUGCAGAUAUGACCACUUCUUCGGUGGGAAGCGGGUUUGGCACUGCUAUAGGUGUCCUUGGUACGGCAGUAGGCACUGCCAUUUUGGCACCGUCUUCUGCCACCGCGACAGUUUUACCACCGAGCAUCGGUUUGGGGGUCACCGGUACUCCGAACUUGGCCGGGGCAGGUCUCCUGUCCCAUAUUCACUCCACUUUCUGGGAUCCGACUGUAAGCACCGACUGGGACAACGAGAAGCCAUCCCAACAAUGUGUUCUCCGGAUAAAAAGGGAUAUUAUGUCCAUCUACAAGGAGCCCCCUCCUGGCAUGUUUGUAGUUCCUGACCCCCUCGACAUGACAAAGAUCCACGCUUUGAUCACGGGACCCUUUGACACACCUUAUGAGGGCGGAUUCUUUCUCUUCCUCUUCCGCUGCCCCCCGGACUACCCCAUCCACCCGCCCCGCGUCAAGCUCAUAACCACGGGCAACAAUACUGUGCGAUUCAACCCUAACUUCUACCGCAACGGCAAAGUGUGCCUCAGCAUCCUCGGGACCUGGACUGGCCCGGCAUGGAGCCCUGCUCAAAGCAUCUCCUCAGUGCUCAUCUCCAUCCAGUCUCUGAUGACGGAGAACCCCUACCACAACGAGCCUGGCUUUGAGCAGGAGAGGCACCCAGGAGACAGUAAGAACUAUAACGAGUGCAUCCGCCAUGAGACACUGCGUGUGGCCGUGUGCGACAUGCUGGACGGAAAGUGUCCCUGCCCUGAAGCGCUGUGGAGCGUGAUGGAGAAGUCCUUCCUGGAGUACUACGACUUUUACGAGGGGGUCUGUAAGGAGCGCCUGCAUCUUCAGGGACAGACCAUGCAGGACCCGUUUGGGGAGAAGAGGGGCCACUUCGACUACCAGACCCUGCUGUCGCGGCUGCAGGCCACCCAGCAGCGGCUGCGGGAGAAGUGCCGCCUGGAGGACGAGGACGGAGACACGGAUUCGGACUCCAGCUCCUCGGGGACGGACCCGGACAGCCAGGGCAGCUCCGGACCCCCGCCCAGACCUUAACUGGCCCCCCCCCCACCUAACCCCCGCCUGUCCGCUUCCUCUCCGGCCUCAGGACUGCAGCUUAAAUGGCGUGGGGUCAGUGAGGGGGGGCAAGCGGGCCCUUGGUCUCCCCUUUUCUGUUCAGGUUUAACAAACUGCGCCUUGUUUUGUCCCCCCCCCCCCUCCACAAACUACACUAAGUACUGAAAGGGUUAAUGAGGACUGGUGGGUGUGGCUCUGAUAAAUGGGCGUGGCUCUUCAGCUGAACUGUGGGGCCUGUCUUUUUGGCUUUUCUUUCAGCCCACAGAAAACAGGGCAGAGGCAAAAAAAUAAAGAAAUGUAAAAACCAAA